AAUUUUUUCUCAGGCAAAUUUACUUGCUAUCUCUUUCGUUUUGUGUCUCGCUAAUUCCUGCUGCACAAAAUGCACAUGUAUAGCUAGUAGAUAGUUUUUGUAUAUAUUUUUAAAUAGCUUAUGCUUGCCUACACCUUUGAAGAAAAUUAUUAUUUUUCAUUGUGCGCCAUAUUGUACAUUUAUUUAUGUCUUCGCCUGCAAUGUUGUUUAACCACCAUUAAACAUUUUCCCAUUCCAAAGCGCUCUCCUCCUUGGAACAUUAAACAUUAUACUUAUUAAUGUAUGCGUGCGCUCUCACUACGCUCUAUGGUUUACUCAUCAAUUUGUUAUACCCGGUCGCGUCAGUCCUGCUGCAUAUUGUUUCUUGAUGUUUUUUUUUACAAAAUUGUAUUUGUUAAUGUUCUUUGGUGUUGUCUCUCAGCAAUGUCUCGGUUAUGCUGCCACAUGUGUGCGCCGCGCCUGUUCUCUCGUUGGUAGCUGGUUAACAGGCAGGCUGUGUCGGUUUGCCUGCCUGCCUGCUUUCCUUUUUAUUUUUCCUUAAAAUAUUACUUUAUUUUUAUUGUUUUUGCUCUUUGCUGUUGAAAAAAUGCUAAAGUACAGUGUUCGAAAUUUUGCGCUACACUUUAGUAAUUGUAGUUUCCAUUGUUGUUUUUGUUGUUAUAAUUGCUGUUGCCACUGUGCGGUGUAGUGUUGCUGCUGCCGACGCUGCCUCAGUCACUGUUGUUAAACUUCUGCUUGUAUAUAGUUGUUUGUUGCUGCUGCUACUUUUAUUUUAUUACUUUUUCAAUUUCAGUAUUUCUUUGUCUUUUGGCCUUUUCUGUUAAAUGCAAAAAAGGAAUUCCUACUUGCGCACGGAUUUUUCAAUAAAUUUGCUGCAAAAGUUUCUGUCUUAAGAAUGUGAAAAAUAAGAAAUUUUCAUACAAAAAGUCAACGCUUAGAAAUAUUAGCGCUUCCGUAAGGCUCCGUACAGAGUUUAGACUUCCCUACAGCCAAAAACACGGCACUUCUAAUUGAAAACGUGAUAUAUUAAUAUACAUAUAAACGAGUUUUACGUGGAACCAUCAAUUUCUUACGGCAACAGAAUUAUUUCACCUCCAGCUAACGAAAGCCUGUACCUGACUCUGAACGCUUGGUUUGUCUACCAACGGCACCGCCACAAUGAACGCGUCUCAGCGUCAGGAGUUUUGUGUGCGCUGGAACAGCCAUUUGGGUAGUAUCGGCGCCGCAUUUCCUCAACUGUUGGCCGGUCAGCGUUUUGUUGAUGUGACCUUGGCAUGUGAGGGGCAUCAAGUGCAUUGUCAUCGGCUCGUCUUGGCCGCAUGUUCAUCCUAUUUUGAUAGCAUCUUGGCUGAGAAUCCUUGUAAGCAUCCAGUCAUCAUAUUACCCAGUGAAAUAAAGCUGUGGGAGAUCCAGGCGCUCGUCGACUUUAUGUACAAAGGUGAGGUGAAUGUCACACAAGCCGGUUUACCGCAACUACUGCGCUGUGCCGAACAGUUGCGCAUUCGCGGUCUUUAUGGCUCCGAUGCCGCAUUGAAUUUGAAUCAGCUGAAAGCGCUUACGAAUAAAGCGGCUGCAGCAGCUGCUGCCGCGACGCAACAACAACAGGCGGAUGGCAUUGAGACCGACACAGAUACCGCUACCAAUUCGACGACAACAACGACAGCAACAGCAGCUAGCGCACUACAGCAGUUACAUGCUGGUGGCGGAAUGUCAGCGGCUAUGAUGGCCCAAGAGCUGCAACAACAACAGCAGCAGCAACAAAAGUAUCAGCAACAACCGACAUUUAUGAUUAAAAAGGAGCCUAUACAACAGGAUAUGGAACAUGAACAACAAAUGGAACAGCUGCAGCAGCAACAACUACUACAACAACAAAGCAACGGCAGCCUCGCGCACAGCGCCAUGCAACAAAAUCACCUUGAACACCAGCAACAGCUCGUGCAUCAGCAACAGCUACAGCUACAGGCACAACAACAACAACAACGUGUACCGCAAGCAACAUUAGCUCAUGUGGCCAAUGCUGCAGCGGCCAUGGCUGCCGCCAGCGCAGCGACAAAUUCGAAUGCCAACAGCGAGGAUGACGAUUCGGGCGAUGAUUCCAAUUCCAAUCAGGCUUACGAAGAACACAAUAAAUAUAGAAUGCAGCAAAAAGUAACAGCCAAUAAUAUGAAAGCGACACAAGCGGCCGCUGCCGCUGGUACGCAUUUGGACUCCACCAUAGAAGAUGAUCACAACUAUGUGGCCGCACACGAUGAGGAUAGCAGCUACUGCGCCAGCGCGGACACUGAACACGAAAGCUCAGCCAAUGCAUCAUUACUCAACAUGCUGGCGGCGCAGGCGAACAGCGGUGCUGCUAAUACCGCUGAAAUGUCCGGUUCUCUAAAACGUGUGCGCCGCUCCGAGGCAUCACUGGCUCAAGCAGCAAAGUGCGUUUCAAAAGGACAAACCUUCCAAACGGUCAGCAACAUGUUUAACAUACCAGUUUCGACAAUACGCUUCUACAUGGCGCGUAAGGGUAUAUUGCCACGUCGUAAGCGCGGACGUGGCGCCUCAUCAGCGGUGAGUAGCGUGACCGCCGGUAGCGGCGGCAUAAUGACGGCCACGGCAGCAGCAACUAUGGCGCAAGCGUUAUCGCAAAUGAAGCGUGCCGAAAGUCCGAGUGGCUUUCCAGCUCAUCAGUUGGUGAGUGGCGCCAGUGUUGGCGGCAAGGCGCACAUUUAAUUCAACGCAGCAACGAAGAUAAGUAGCGAGCGACACAUGUUAAACUUGUAAAGUUUAGCAGUAAGCGUUCAAAAGCUCUCAACGGUUACGAGUGAGAUUACAACUACAACUACACAUACACUUAAGCGCCGUACGGUGAAAAAAAAAAACACAAAAAAUACUCUUAAGCUAAGUAUGUAUGUGUAAGGAAAUAUACCGCAAACGCCAAUUUACUUAAAUAAUUAUAUUAUAUAAAUUAAAAUUUAAUUAUUCUUAAAGUUUCUACGUAAGUCAUUCUUGCACGUUAAGUUGUACAAAGUAUUGUUUUAAUUUCCUACAUUCAUGGUUAGUAGCUACUUGUGUACAUAUAUAUAAUUUUUUAAAAUUUCAUAAAUGUCAUACUAUACACUGUUUACUGUUCGUAUUUGUUGUGCUGCGCGCAAAAUGUUUCAAAAAGUUUUAUUUUUUAUGCCUUGCAUUAUUAUUCAACAAAAAUUCAAAGCAGCUGUAUCACAUUUUACGUGAAGCUUUUGAGUCAUGGGCUGAGCAACAAAAUAUACAUACAUACAUUCAAGAACAUUUUCUAUUUAAAAAAAAUGUCAAAUAUGCAUUUUAUACUAAUACAACUGUAUGAUCCAACGCAAUUAAUUUUAUAAUUGCUUAGUUAUUUUUUUUAUUAAUUUUGUUUUUCAAAAAAACAACAAUUAAUUUUUUAUUUGCGUUAUUUAUUAAACUUUUUUUGUGUAUUUUUUUUUUAAUAUAUGUACAUUUAAAAAAAUGUUUUCAUGCUGUAAAUAUUUAUAUUUAGUAGUAAGUUUAUAAUUUUAAUGCACAAACGAUAAAAUGAUUGCAUUUUUAAUUUAGUACUACUUAAAGCUAGCUGACUAUAGAAUUAAGUUAAUAGUUUUAAGCUUCAACUAAAUUACUGUUGACGAAGCGUUCGAUGUGUUAGUGCAAAAAAAAAAAUGUAUUUUAAUUUGUUUUAAAAAAUGUACGUAAAAUUUCAUUUAUGACAUCCAAAUUUGUUCGAGGAAUUUUUGCUAAAAAAAAAUAUUUUUGUUAUUUAGGACAUAUAAAAGAAUGUAUGAAAAAAUAAAAAUAAUAUGUUUAAAUUUUUUUUUUAAUUUCUGCUAAUUUUACUAAAAAUUUUUGCAAAAAAUAAACACAAUGUAAAAAUAAAAAUUAUAUUUAUAAUACUUUAUUAUGUUCAUUGAUUUUGUUUAUUGAUUUGCGAAAUUAGACUUUUUUAAUUAAAAAAUAUUUAUCAAAUCCAUUUGCUUCCACUAGCACAUGUACGCUUCAUUACAGAUAGCUAUCAUAUGCUUCGGUUCCAUGGGUUUCCUAUAUUAAGUAUGACACUUACUAUAUUUACAAAUACAGAUGUAUAUAACAUACAUAUGUAUAUAUUAUAUAUGUAUAUGCAUAUAUAAUAGAUAAGCAAAAAGGUCUGCGCAAAAAUCUCUACACAAAGUACACAAUGCAGAGCAGAGUUGAAAAUGAAAAAAAAAAUUAUUUGCAAUGUAAAAAAGUAAACGAACCAAUUCAGUUUAUUAUAUAAAACAUUAAAAAAAAUUCAAUGUAGGAGGAAGUAAAGGAAUCAAAUCGGUUUAUGCGAAAAUUGAUCGAAGCAUAAAUUCAUAAAACCUCACAAACAAAUCUUAAAUUGUUGUUGUUUUGAAUGACAACCAAAAACCAGUUGAUCAAUCGGGUUGCAAUGAUUAUGGAGAGAAUUUGAACAUUUAAUGGUGAUUUCAAAGAAUAUUAAAACUAAAAAAUCUUUUUCCUAAGCUACGAUGUUCUGAAAUUUUCAAUAUUUUGCUUUGCUUAAUACGAUUUUAAACACAUGCUGCUUUCAUGUGUUUUUUUUUUUUUGUAUAUUUUUAUAUAAGCUAACAAUCAUUAUGAGUAAGUUUUAAAUACUCCAAAUAAUAAAUAGUAUUAUUUUCCAAUAAACUACGAACGAAAGAAACCGUGGUUCAGUAUUAGAAAUAAGAUUACGUAUUAAGUGUGAAAUUUUAGAUUUAGUCGAAAAAACAUAAACAUUUUGGAAAAAUCAAAGCAUGUAUUACAUUUUUUCGUAUUUUUAAUUCAUUUUUUUUUUACUACUCGGCACAUUUAGUUUAUCGAUUGCAACUUAUUCUUAAUACAAUAGUUAAAGAAGUUUAUUUUUUUCGGGAAUAUAAAUAUCAAUAAUAUAAAUUGCCAUAUAACUGUUAAAACCGAACUGAUUUUUUAUAUACCUGCAGUAAUUUGCAUUAAAUGAUUUAAAAACUUCUUAGUCAUCAGAAAUGCUUUAAUACAUAGUUAUUAGUUUAUGUUUUACAAACAUAUGUAUCUCUCAAGUCAAUCAGAUUUAUGCUGAAACAAUUUUAUAUUUCAAUUCUAUUGUGAAAUAGCCUAAAAGUAUGCAAAAAAAAUAAUAUUGACAUACCUUGAAAGUUACAUACAUAUACCUCGUUAAUAUUUGUUUUUCUAAUAACCAAAAAAUAAUAAUUUAUAUUAAAUAAAAUUACCUGAAAGAUGGGUUUAUACAGUUUAAUAAAAUAAAAUGACGCUCGAUCACCGAUCUUGCUGGAAAAUCUACAAACAAUUCCUGUAAAAUGAAAAUAAAUAUUGAAAAA